UAAGGUAUACGAGGCGGAGAUGAAGCAAUUCUUCGCACGAUUCGCCAAUGACGUCAUUGCCACUAGCGCCUUUGGAAUUCAGGUGGACUCUUUAGCAGAACCUAAAAACGAGUUCUACCUCAUGGGGCGAGACCUGACCAAAACCGAUGGAAUUAAGGGUCUUAUUUUUCUAGGAUACGUGUUCCUACCAAAAUUAAUGGAGUUUUUGCGAAUUCCUUUCCUGAGCCAAAAAGUGAGGAAUUUCUUCCACAAUCUCGUCCACGACACCAUCAAGGAGCGCCAGCAGAAGGGCAUCUUCCGUCCCGACAUGCUGCAGCUGCUCAUGCAGGCGCGCGAAGGACAGCUCAAGGCGGAAGCUGGAGACGAGCAGGAGAACAUCUCCGGCGCUAAGCUGAAGAAGCUGACGGAUCUCGACAUGACGGCGCAAGCCGUCAUCUUCUUCUUCGCCGGCUUCGACACCGUGUCCACCGCCAUGAGCUACUGCGCCUACGCCCUGGCCCGUCACCCGGAGGUGCAGCAGCGCUUGCAGCGGGAGGUGGACGAAACCUUCGAGAAGAACGACGGAAAGCUCACGUACGAGGCCGUGCAGGGAGCCCAGUACUUGGACAUGUUCAUCAGUGAGGUUCUCCGAUUGUACUUCCAAGCUCCUACCUUGGAUCGGGUGUGCACCAAGGAUUUCACCAUCCCUGCACAAGAAAAUGUUCCUGCCUACACUGUGCGAAAAGGCGAAUCCAUCCGAAUAGUUGUAACUCCUCUUCAUUUGGAUCCUAAGUACUGG